AUGGCAAGUAAGAUUUUUCUUGCCCUUCUUUUCAUAACCUAUGUGGUUGCGGCCUCUGCUGGUAACUUCAACCAAGACUUUGAGAUAACAUGGGGUGAUGGUCGUGCCAAAAUCCUCAACAAUGGAGAACUUCUUACUUUGUCCCUGGACAAGGCCUCUGGCUCUGGAUUUCGUUCUAGGAAUGAAUACUUGUUUGGAAAAAUUGACAUGCAGCUAAAGCUUGUACCUGGCAACUCUGCAGGCACAGUCACAGCUUAUUAUCUAUCUUCUCUUGGGGAUGUUCAUGAUGAAAUAGAUUUUGAAUUUCUGGGUAACUUGAGUGGUGAUCCUUAUAUUCUUCAUACAAACGUAUUCACACAAGGGAAAGGUAACAGGGAACAGCAGUUCUAUCUGUGGUUCGACCCCACCAAGGACUUCCACACAUAUUCCAUUCUUUGGAAUCCUCAGAGCAUAUUAUUCUCUGUGGAUGGGACACCCAUAAGGGAGUUCAAGAAUCUUGAAUCAAAAGGGGUUUCUUUUCCCAAAAACCAAGCCAUGAGGAUAUAUUCAAGCCUUUGGAAUGCUGAUGAUUGGGCCACAAGGGGAGGCCUAGUGAAGACUGAUUGGAGCCAAGCUCCAUUCACAGCCUCUUACAGGAACUUCAAUGCCCAAGCAUGUGUCUGGACUUCCUCAGGCUCAUCUUGUUCAUCCAACAAUCCAUCAUCAAACCAAUCAUGGAUGAAGCAAUCACUGGAUGCAACAGGGCAAGCCAGAAUUCAGUGGGUGCAAAAGAACUACAUGAUUUACAACUACUGUACUGAUACCAAGCGUUUCCCACAGGGCCUUCCUCCUGAAUGCACAAUCGCAUGA